GAAAUGAAAGAAACACCACGUUCUUCGACGACCUCGGUAGACAUAUCAGCAAGAGGGAUAGCUGGUCAAGAAGACAUUGAUUCAAAUUUUAACGUGAAUAAUAAUUCUGACCAUGGUAUUCGAUCUAAUAAUAAAGAAAUUAAUAUUCCAAGUAUCAGAGGUGGUAAUAAGACCGUGAAAAUGAUAUUAUUGACUCAAUGUUUAGCUGGUUUACAAUUUACUUGGACAGUGGAACUGGCAUAUGGAACACCAUAUUUACUUUCUAUAGGAUUAUCAAAAUCAAUAAUGUCUUUAGUUUGGCUUGCGGGGCCUUUAUCAGGCCUUAUAAUGCAGCCUAUAGUUGGAACACUUUCAGACAAUUCAACAUCUAGAUUUGGCAGAAGAAGGCCUUUUUUAUUAGCUGGUAGUCUUGCCGUAGUAUGCGCUUUUAUGUUUAUUGGCUGGUCCAAAGAAAUUAUUGGUAUCUUUUUUAGUAAAGAAUCAUCAAUGAUGACAUUAUUAACACAAUGUUUAGCAGUCGUAUCAUUUUAUGUUCUCGAUUUUGCGAUAAAUUGCGUUCAAGCAAGUUGUCGAGUUCUCAUUGUUGACAUUUUACCACCAUCUCAGCAAGAGGAAGGCACAGCUUGGGCUGGUAGAAUGGUUGGAAUUGGAAGUGUUUUAGGUUAUUUUAUGGGAUUUGUUAAUUUAGUUGAGGUUUUUCCUUUUCUUGGCAAAACUCAAUUGCAAGUUUUAUGUGUUAUUGCAUCUAUUCUUUUAUUAGUGUCAGAUGCAUUAACAUGUUGGGCCGUUACUGAACAGAUAUAUACUGGAAGUUCGAAUAAAUCCACAAGUGCUUUAACUGCAGCUUAUGAAACACUAGCAUCCAUAAUUAAAUCUAUUCGUACCCUCCCAAAGUAUAUUCAACAAAUAUGUAAUGUUCAAUUGUUUGCCUGGAUUGGCUGGUUUCCAUUUUUGUUUUAUUCAACAACUUGGGUUGCAGAAAUUCAUUCCCGUUUCGCUAAUGAUUCAUCUGAGGAACCAUCUGAUGAUUCAGUUGGUGACUCAAUACGUGCUGGUUCUUUUUCUUUAUUAUUAUACUCGAUUAUAAGUUUAGUGGCAUCAUUUGUCUUACCAUUUUUAAUCAGCUCUAAUGAUUCAACCAGACCAAAAUUUUCAUGGAGGCAACUAUUUCAAAUACCUUUUGUAUUUCUCACGGUACCAAAAUUAUGGACGAUUUCGCAUUUUAUUUUUGCAUCUUCAAUGUUAUCAACUUGGUUUGUAACCAAUGGUACUCAAGCAAAUAUUUUAAUUAGUUUAUGUGGGAUCGCAUGGGCUAUCACCAUGUGGGCGCCAUUUUCAAUUUUGGGAGAAUAUAUUGCAAAAGAAUAUAGAUCUCCCAAACAAAGUAAUGAUAUAGAUGAUGAUACAAAUCAGUUAAUGUAUAAUUUAGUUGAAACUGGAGCUGUUCUAGAAGGUGGAGAUAAUGAAUCGGAAGAUAAUGAUGAAAAUUUAAGAACAUCUAUGAGGACUUCAACCGAAGAAACUACGUCAGAAAUUCCAUUUAUAGAUUCACAUGGUGAUAUUUCAACCAAAGAUUCUUCAGAAGCGGGUGUGUUAUUAGGAAUUCACAAUAUAUAUAUCGUAUUACCUCAAUUUUUAGUAACAAUUUUUAGUAGUAUAAUAUUUGCCAUAUUAGAACCUAGUGGUGAUAAAAAUACUAUAAGGCAACAUCAUCCACAUGACAAAAAUUUAGAUGCUGAUUCUAUUGGUUUUGUGUUAAGGGUUGGGGGUUUUAUGGCUAUUAUUGCGGGCUUUUUAUCUAUUAAAUUAUGGAAGUGAAUUAAUUAUAUUUUUAAUCUAUUAAACUAUGAAAUUAUAUUUUUAAGUUAUAAAUAUUAAUUUUCUUUUUGUACAUAUGCAUUUUUAAGUAAAAGUAAAUUGCUUUAUAACAUUUAGAAUUUUAUUAAUAAAUGUGGU